CGUUCGUUGCCAUAGCGCCGAGUGCAUAAACCACAGGAGGUGAACAGAGUAGACUGAGAGGAGCUGAUAAAAAAAGAGCUCAAAUGAGCACUUAUGUAAAAAAACAAAAAGAAAAACAACACCUGCGGAUAGUUGAGGAUUUAGUUAAUAUUCGUUUUCAGUCUGUUGAGCUGAGCUUGGUUCUGUCGUCGUGUUAAUGACGGAGGCGGUAUGAAGGCUCACAGCGGUGAGGUCGGUGUGUUUGUCCGGAUCAGACCAACGGCAAACUUCGCCCAGGAUCUUAUUCAGUGUCUUCCAGACGGACAGACAGUGAACGUGCAUCACAGGAAAAACUCCAGGAAGCCUCUCGACACCAAGAAAAGUCAGCUGAGCUCCUGGUCCUUCCAGCUGGAAGGUGUCUUGCGGGAUGUGUCUCAGGAGGAGUUUUACACUCGAGUGUGCCGAUGGGUAGUACUGGGAGCACUGGAUGGUUAUAAUGGUACUGUGAUGUGUUUUGGGCAGACAGGGGCAGGAAAGACCUAUACCAUGACUGGAUCCACAGAAUCAUACAAACAGAGAGGCAUCAUUCCUCGGGCUCUUCAGGAGGUGUUUCAGGAAGUGGAGAUAAGGACCGAGCAUGCCUUCACUGUGUACCUGUCCUACCUGGAGAUCUACAAUGAGACCCUGGUGGACCUGCUUUCAUCGCUGCCGGGCUUGCCAAGGCCAUCUCCUCAUGCUAUGCUGGUGAUGGAGGAGCCGGGCCGAGGUGUGUUCGUCAGAGGUCUGUCUCUCCAUCCUGUCCACAGCGAGGAGGAGGCUCUCAAUCUGCUGUUUGAGGGUGAGAUGAAUCGCAUUAUUGGAUCUCAUGCCUUGAACAGGAACUCCUCCAGGUCCCACUGUAUCUUCACUUUGCAUAUUGAGUCUCGUUCACGGACUCUGACAGACGCCAAGUACGUCACCUCCAAGCUGAAUCUGGUGGAUCUUGCUGGGUCAGAGAGGUUGGGAAAGACUGGGUCAGAGGGUCAGAUGUUUAAGGAGGCUGUCUACAUAAACAGGUCCUUGUCGUUCCUGGAGCAGGCCAUCCUGGCCCUGGGUGAACGUCGCAGAGAACAUGUUCCCUUCAGACAGAGUAAACUCACACAUGCGCUAAAAGACUCACUGGGAGGAAACUGCAACACUGUGCUUGUGGCCAACAUCUGCGGUGAGGCUGCACAGAUAGAAGAAACACUCUCUACUCUGCGUUUUGCGGGCAGAAUGAAGUGUGUCCGGACUGACCCUGUUGUCAAUGAACACACGGAUCCAGCUGCUCAGAUCAAGAAACUUGAGAAGGAAGUACAGAAGUUAAAAGAGGAGCUGUCCAUCAGCAAUACAUUGGCGAACAGGCCGGACAGCACAUCUAAGCCGUUGUCUGAAGCACAGCAGGCUGAGAUACAAAGCCAGGUUCAGAGUUACCUGGAGGGAAACCUGGAGGAAAUCAAUAUCAUAAGUGUCAGGCAAAUCCAAGCAGUGUUCGCCCAGUUCAAGCUUGCUCUGCAGGAGCAGGAGCAGAGGUUGAAGGCUGAGCUGUGCCAGAUGUACAACUUGGUAGAAAAAGACCAACAUGCUGACACAGCUGAUGUGAAGGAGUGUAACACUAGAGACGUCAGUGAGGAUGUGGAGGCUGGCUGCUUUGAGGUGCCCCAGUCUACGAAAAAUGCCCACCGCCCAAGUUCGACUAAAGCCAAAACUAAGAAGUGUCGGGAAAAACAGAACCAAAAUAAGAGGCAGGGAGAUGGGAGUCCAGUGUCGAGGAAGCGUUUGGAGAGUGCCUCCAGAUCAAAGCUGAAUUGUGUCCAGGCGCCUGAGAAGGAACCCGAGGCAGACACUGAGAGCCAGGACACACAGGAAUCACAACUGCCUGGGAAUGUGCCACUCCACCCUGAGUAUGAUGUGAACUCUCCUCCACCCAAAGAAGAGGCCUUUGAGGAUUUUAAACUGGGACAAGGCAGUAAGCUCAACAGCAUCCUUAAGGAGAACAAAGCUGUGCUGCUGGAACGCCGCAGCCUUCUUCGACAGCUCACCGAGGAGGUUAACACUGUCAAGAAAGACAUCGACUGCACCGCGACCUCCAUACAGCAGCACAGGGAGCUGAGAGGAGACCAAGGUCAGUAUUUGGUUUUGGAGGGGGAGCCGCUGCUGCAGGAGCCAGAUGCCUCUCUACUGAUGCGGCUCAGAGAGCUGAAGGCUCUGUACCGGCAGAGGUACGAGGUGCUGCGUGACAUCAAGGCAGAGGUCAACUACUGUCAACACCUUGUGGAUCAGUGUCGGGUGCGCCUGCUCUCUGAAUUUGAAAUCUGGUAUAAGAAGUCUUUCAUGGUACCCGAGGAGGAGCUGGAUGUAACUAUGAAGAAGAGCCUCAGACAAGAGGAGGGUAUGGAGGGACGGCCUUUUCCUGAUAAUCCCAGCUCUGAGUCCUUCUACAAUGCCCGCUACAGAAUGAUGAAAAGGAGGAACAGCAGGGCGCUGGGCUUCACUCCAGUGCAGAGAAACUCACCUGGACAGAGAAGAUUUCCUCCAAUCCCACUUGUUAGUUAAGUGAGUUUAAUGUGCAAGUUAAAAAUGAACUACAGUGUUCACUUGCGCUACAUGUGAUAAAAUGUAAUUUCUCUCCAUGUAAUGUGUGCAUUGUAGUGUGCACAGAAGACACAACACAGUGAAUCAGCUUCUUAAAUGAAAAGUAAAAUUUAUUAUUCCUGAACCACAAAAUAGACUUCUUUGGUUGUACAAAUUCACUAGUUACAGUCUUGUAUGAGCUCUAACCCUUGACCCUAGGACCUCUGACCCUUUCCCCUCCAACCUAUUUGCAAGUAAAAGCCCCCAAAGAGAACUCGAGACAGAAGAAUGAACGCAAAAAACCGUGAAACACUGCAUUAAUAAUGUAGUGAAACCCAUCUGAAAAAAAGAUUUACCUACUGUAAGUUUUU